UCGUACAGAACUGCUUCGUACAGUCUACUGGGUUUAGCAUUCUUGCUGAACUACGUUAAAACAGUGUGUUCAUAGUCAUCUGUAAUUCGUCCUUUGAACAACGUGCAUACCUGCUUUUUAUUUUGGUAACAGUUGAUAUAAUCCCGUAAUUGCGGAAAUGGAAGGUGUAGGCAUCCGCGAUUUCGGUGCAGUCGAGGAAAUUGGCAGCAGUAUACAAUACCGCUACAAUAGCACGGACUUUAUUGCGAGGGGAACGUUUGGAGUAGUUUACAAAGCCAAAAUCAUGAAGGCACGCACCUGGGAGCCAGAUUUUAUAGCCGUCAAAGUGAUACACGUUGCAAUUAAUUCCGAAAGCGAUGCCGACCAGGAGAACUGGAUGACAGCUGCGAAAAGAUUGAGACGACUUACUGAACUGAAGCACAAACAUCUCUUAGUCUAUCACAAAGUCUCCAUCACCAAAUCGUCAGGCGGAGCGACAGUGGAGCUGGCAAUGGAUUAUCGUAAAGGUGAUCUAAAGAGCUUUUGCCAAGUUCUUUUGCCAAGUUGUACUGCUUUCGUUAUUACGCAAACGAUUUUGCAGGGGAUCUUGCUUUGUUUUUGAGACAAGCUAAGAAAAACGGGGCUCUUUUGAAUAAAUGGGAAAAAGUGUUCCAGUUUGCAAAGGACAUGGCGCAGGGACUUCAGUUCCUCCAUCAAAAAGGCAUCAUUCACGGCGAUUUAAAGCCUGAAAAUAUACUUGUGAGCUUUGUUUUAAGGGGCAGCGAGAAACUGGUGAUUGGCGAUUUGGAUGAUCUGGUGCAAAUGAAUGAGAGUGCUACUUGCUAUCUCAUUUACGAGGCACAACCCGUUAUAUGUCACCGGAAAUGUUGAGAAAAUUUUCCCUAGAACAGGCAGAGCGACCAGGACGAAAAACAGAUAUGUGGAGUCUGGGAUGCAUUAUUCUGGAAAUGGCCGAAAGCUGUGCAGGUGCUCCCAACAAACAACUAAUAAAGGAUGGGAAUAUUGUCGAUGCCGGAAGCGCUCUUGAAAAUUACCAGUAUGCACGCUUGAUAAUCGACGGUUUCGUUCCAUUUGUAAGCGGCGAUAUUGAAGAUAAUUUAGCAUGCAUUGUUCGACAGUGUUUGGAUACAACUAGCGCAAAUCGAUUAUCGGCCAGGGAAUUACUGCAGAAACUACAGAAAAAGGACAUCAUCGUAUUUUUAGGGUUCAAGGAUUCUAAAUACCUCUGCGUCAUGAUAUUCGAUCCGUUAACUAACUCUGUCAUUGUCCAAAAGGUGCAGGGUGCACCAGAAAUGGAUUUGGCAACAAAGUGGCAGUUGGCGGUAACAAGCAACAAAAUCAUAUUCAGAGAACGGAUACGUCAUAUUGGCGUCCAAAAGGUGAAAGUACAUUGCUGGUCUGUCGACGAAGGAAUAUGGGUUCAACAGGAGUUUAUUUCCCCUUAUUAUAUAAAUCCGGGUGCAACGAUGAUCGCGGUAGAAGACACGCUUUAUUUAUGGGGACUAGACGAUAUGCUAUUGGAAAUAAACAUCUUUACUGGCAACAUCACAGCCAAUAAAAGCCCUUACCUCGAUGGAGAUGCCGUGACUAAAUUCCGUGAGCAAAUAUUUUACGCUACUGAAGACAGACUGUUCCAGUAUAAUACGUUGAUCAAGGAGUGGAAAUAUUUAAAACGCCGGCUACAAGAGCGCUUCGAUUUUGCAAUGACUGUGGUCAGCGGACACGUAUACAUUAUGGGUGGAAAGCUUUGGAACGACGCUGCGCUGAACUAUACUGCAACAGCUGACUGUAUUCGUUUGAAACUGGGUAGCACAACGUGGGAAAAGAUUAAACCGCUUCAUCAGCCUAGACUUAAUCAUAUUGCUUGUGUUAUCAAAGAUCGAAUAUACAUCUGCGGAGGUAGCCAUUCUGAAGAUGAAAACGCCGUAACGAUAGAGUUUUACGAUACCAAAAGCGGUGCAGGAUGGUCUUCUGUCAAUUUGCCAUCAAAAUACUACGGACAGUUUUCCGCCUGGAUGGCUGCAUACCAAAAUUCGUGGUAUGCAGUAACCACGGUUUCCGUCAAUCCGGAUAUUGCUAUCUUUCCUGAUAUAAGUGGUUGAACGGCGUUCACCACCAUGCGUUCUUGUGCAUCAACUUGUACAAUUAAAGCUUAUGAAGCUAAGUGUCAAAUGACAAGUAAGGUAUAUUUCCUAAUGGUAAGUACUUACAACAUUACCAAAAAGAUUACGUGUGCAAAUUGCACAAUCAGUUCAACAAUAGAAACGUAUGGAACUUUUGGGCCUGCCUUUGCUGAGAUGAUGCGCUUCGUCAGUUGGAAAAUCCGCGAUUUAACCGGCGAAUCUCGAUCCACUGCCUUCCUAAGACAACGUUUCAGUCUCGCUGUCUUGGGUACAUUAAAUGCACGAUCGAAAGUUGGAAAUGACAGCAAUGAUUUUGGUUGUUUCUUCAAUGUGUAAAUUCGGAAUCUUUAAUUAGUA